AUGUCGAGUCUUGCAGCCCGACCAUCUGCAACUGAUGAUGAGACGCUCUAUAUCGGAGCAGUCAAGGAUAUCGAAGUUGAUAGCACAGGCGCAGGCUCUCCUCCGCCAUCCACGUUCGAGGCUUCGCUACCGUUCAGAGCUACAACGGCUUUGAACAAUGUUAGCGUACCUGCAACAGUUUUGUCUGCAAAUGCGGAGAUCAGCUCUAUCGGCUUUUCUGACCUAGCUUCAGAAGACCAAGACCAUGCAACACGCCCAGUCUCGCUGCAAGAAGCACUCGGGCAAGUCCUGGUCAUCAGUGGAGGCAGCGGCUUCAACGAUCUUGUCGGCGCGACACCUGGUGCAACCUACGUCAUGCCUAUCUCUGACAAUGGUGGUUCCUCUUCCGAGAUUAUCCGUGUUCUGGGUGGGCCCUCUAUCGGCGACCUUCGCUCGCGUCUCAACCGUCUCAUCCCGACCCCUUCACGACAGGAUCAUCAAUCUGCUUCAUCUUUCUCGUCGCCGCCACCACCCCAAUCCAACGAAGCGAUUCACAACCUUCUCUCCUAUCGACUCCCCUCCCACGGAUCAUCUCGCGAAAUCAAGCAAGAAUGGAUGGACAUCCUUGAAGGACGCCACCGUCUAUGGCGUGGCAUCGAGCCGGAACGCAAAGAAGUGAUUCGUGGCUUUCUGGUUCACUUUGAAAGCGAGGUUCUACGUCGCGCUCAUCGACAUUUCAAUUUUCGAGGUGGAUCGAUCGGCAACUUCUUCCUUGCUGCGGCACAAAAAUUCUUUCGCUCAAUCCAGAGUGCGAUCUUCUUGUUUUCUGCGACAACGCAGAUCAGCACGAGCUCGAUGGCCAGUAAAGUGCUUCCGGUCAUCAAUACCAACCAUACCGCGACAAUUGCGGCAGAGCUGGAGGAUGGAGAUAUCAUUGUGGGUCAGUGCGAGAUUUCCCAUCCUGCGCCAAAACCGGUCAAGGCGGGUGGUUUGGGGGCGGGAGGGGGAGCGAACGAAACGUGGGCGAGUCAACCACCAGGCACGCCGUCGUCAGCGGUAUGGGAUACACAGCGACAACAACAGGAGCGGUCGAUGUCGCUUCAUUCUCCCAAUCACGAACUGCUGGUGGCAGAUGCUAUGCGGGGUAUGGGGAUGAGUGAUGGCGGACCGUCCACACCAGGGUUUGGUCCUCCGGCGCAUUACCACAUCAAUGAACCCUUUGCCUCGUCUGACUCUACCUCAAUGAACGCUAGUGUCGACGCAGUCAAAGUCAACAUGUCCGACAGCGAAGCACAAAAAGUAAGGCUCAGUGGGACGCCGUCAGCCGCAACAGCCAGAAGUGGACUCUCUGGCCAUAGCCCCUUGUUCGCGCAACUUGUAGACGAACGAGCCGCGGCGUACGCUGCACAAGCCAGAAAAGGGCUCACAACUGUUGGAAAUCAGAAAGACGGUCUGGAUCCAGCUGACGAUGAUCAAGAUUCACAAGAUGGUCUCGACCAGCUUGACUCGCCUCGCGAUGCGAGUGCUGCCGAAGACGACGCUUCUCUGGAUGCAAGUACGGCGUCUGUUCGCGAUGCAGUUCUGAGACCAACCGGGUCACCUCGUCGCUCCGGGUCGACACGUAAAGAAAAGACGGGCAACAUCAUCUUCACGAAAGCGGAUCCAGAUCAUGAGACCGCCCUGGCGUCGCGCAUUCGACGCAUCCUCUACGUGAAUGCGUAUCGUAACGAGAUUUAUCCAGCACCCAAUCCCUCUUUUGUGUGUGCAUUAAGUCGGAGUCGAACCAUGAUCUACUCGUGCGGUUCCUUAUGGACCAGCAUCGUCCCCUGUCUCAGUCUACGCAGUAUCGCUACUAGCAUUGCCACCUCGCGUUCGCUCACCUACAAAGUGCUGCUGCUCAACACGGUCCAGGAUCGCGAAACCCGGGGCAUGUCAGCGAUCGACUUUGUCGACGCCAUCUGCACAUCGCUCAACCAAAGCGAUAGUCCAAAUUUGCAAGCCGCAUAUCCGCCAAAUCAGCUAAUCACUCAUCUCGUCUACUUCCAAGAUGGACAGGUCGACGUGGACAAGCACAGAUUCCAACAAAUGGGCAUCACGUGUGUCGCUGCAAAUUCAUCCUUGAGGAACAAGAGCGGCACUCCCAUGUUCGACGAGGCGAGCGUGAGCGACGCCUUGCGCCAAAUUUGCAUUCCCAAGUGA